CACUCCGCGCAGACCCUAGUCCCCAGGGGCGGUUCCGAGGCGCCAGGCGCGCUGUGCCCUUGUCUCUACCUGCCUCCAUCCCUGGCCCUGCGGCCGACACUAGUUACAGCGAAGGACCCUGUAUCCUUUCCCGUGUGCUGUAUGUCUCGGGGGUUUUGGCUGCUGCCUGUCACGGGGCAUCUGAACAGGCCUGUGCACUUUCCCCAGCCUGCCGGACCCAGUGAACCAGAUGCCAUUGGAGGCCUGCAGGAAGCCCUCGCUCAGAUCUGCAUGUCAAGGGCCCGCCUGGUGGUAGUGGGCAGUGGGUAGCUCUGGUUGUGUGGGGGCGCUGCCCUCGCUGGCAGUGCGAGGUGUUAGCUUCAGUACAGGGCUGGGGGGCUGGGAAUGGCUGUGCAGCUCUUCCAGUGCGGCAGGGACAUCCCGCACCCCAUCACAUCCUCCACACAGAUCCCGGAGCACAGAGCCAAGACUCCUGCUGCAGCCUGUGGCAAAGGGCCCCGCUCAGAAAUGAGCAGCAUGGACUCCUAUAAAGUGAUGCUGGAUGGGCCGGCGCCCUGGGGGUUCAGGCUGCAGGGGGGCAAGGACUUCAACAUGCCCCUCUCCAUCUCCAGGCUGACCCCUGGUGGCAAGGCAGCCCAGGCCGGCGUGGGAGUGGGCGACUGGGUGCUGAGUAUCGAUGGGGAGAACACCAGUAGCAUGACUCACAUCGAAGCGCAGAACAAGAUCCGCGCCUGCGGAGACCAGCUUUCCCUCAGCCUGAGCAGAGUCCAGUGCCUCCUGGGGAAGCCACACAAGGAGUCAUUCCCCUGCUCUCAGCCCCCGAAAUAUAACUUCGUUCCUAGCACCACCCUCAACAAAACGGCCCGGCCCUUCGGGGCCAGCCCCACGCCCAACUCGCUGCCUGGGCUGGUGACGAAACCUGUGACGUACACGGCCCCCGCCUGCACCCCCCAGCACAAUGGGUGCAGAACCUUGACAAGUCAGGUCGGUGCGAGCCCCAGCCUGCCAGAGGGGAAAACUCAGCCCCGUGGAGACCUGGGCCGCUCCUACAUGGAGGAUGAGCAUGCUCUGCGGCUAAUGAGCCCCCCCACUGGCCUGCCCAAUGACUCCAGCAAAAAGCGUCUGAUUGAGGAUACGGAGGACUGGCAGCCUCGCACUGGCACAACCCAGUCCCGCUCCUUCCGCAUCCUGGCCCACCUCACGGGCACAGAGUUCAUGCAAGAUCCAGAUGAUGAGCAUGUUAGAAAAGCCAGCCAGGUGUCUGGGCUGGACCCGUCUGCGGUGGCAGCGCUGAAGGUGGAGCCUGAUCACGGUUCUGCAGCUCCCAGGCCCCCAGCUGCUCCGGGCCCUGCCAGCCGCCCCCCCUGGGCUGUGGACCCCUCCUUUGCUGAGCGCUAUGCGCCCGACAAGACCAGCACCGUGCUGAGCAAACACAGCCAGCCGGCCAUGCCCACGCCCAUGCAGAACCGCAGCUCCAUCGUCCAGGCCGCGCAGCAGCCCCCCGAGGGCACCAGCAAAACCCCCAUCUGCUACCAGUGCAACAAGGUCAUCAGGGGACGCUACCUGGUGGCCCUGGGGCAUUACUACCACCCGGAGGAGUUCACAUGCUGCCAGUGCAGGAAGGUGCUGGAUGAGGGGGGCUUCUUUGAGGAGAAGGGCUCGGUCUUCUGCCCCAAGUGCUACGACAUGCGCUACGCCCCCAGCUGUGCCAAGUGCAAGAAGAAGAUUGGUGGGGAGAUCAUGCAUGCGCUGAAGAUGACGUGGCACGUGCAGUGCUUCACCUGCGCUGCCUGCAGAACUCCCAUCCGCAACCGUGCCUUCUACAUGGAGGAGGGGCAGCCCUACUGCGAGAGAGACUACGAGAAGAUGUUUGGCACAAAAUGCCGUGGCUGUGACUUCAAGAUUGAUGCUGGUGACCGGUUCCUGGAGGCGCUGGGAUUCAGCUGGCAUGACACCUGCUUCGUCUGUGCGAUCUGCCAGGUCAGCCUGGAAGGGAAGACGUUCUACUCCAAGAAGGACAAACCCCUCUGCAAGAGCCAUGCCUUCUCCCAUGUUUAAGGGGAGGCUCCCGCUGCCACACUGCACACGUUGGCCCUGCACACACCUGUCUCUGCCCCUUCUCUUGCUCCAUGGAGCCCCAGGGAGCAGGGGCUGGAGCUGCCACUCCCUCUACUGCUUCUGGCCUGGGCAGCGCCCUGCUCUGGCCUGCCUGGGCGCCAAAGUAGAGCCUGCUGUUCUCUUGCCCCUCAGUGGCCGGUCUUCUGUCUGGACUAUCUUCUCUACCCCUCUGGUGUCUCACCUGGGCCCGCAGGGGGACCAGGCAGUGCUGGGGCCACCUGUCCCCUCCCUUCUGUACCCACAGCCAAUGGAGCCAGGCACCUCCCCUGGGGGCUGGACCUGUCCCAUGCUGAGCCCAAGAGUGGGAGAGGCUUGCUGGAGCAGGGCUGCUCUGACCUUACAGAUCCACCCUCUUCCCUCCCCCCCCCGCCCCACGUGGGACUGGUGCCUCUCACCUGGCCAGGCUGCUAGCUGGCUGGAAGCUAUGGGGUGGGUGCGGGGGAUCCUGUAGGGCUGCUCUGUUCCCCUUUAUCAG